AUGGGAAUCCCGGUUCGGGUCGGUCCUAUCCUGGCUGGGUUCCGUCCCGGUUCGGUUCGGAUUCCGGUUCUGUCCCAUCCCUGUUGGGUUUCCCGGUUCGGGUCUCGGUUUGGUGUGGCUGAGUUUCCCGGUUCCGUUCCUGAUCCGGGUCGGGUCCGGUUCGGUCCCAUCCCCGUUGGGUUUCCCGGUUCGGUUCGGGAGCGGCGCUGGAGUUCGCAGAACAUCCAACAACGCACGGAAACGGAGCGCGGAGGGGGGGGGGGCACCGGGAACAGCGCGCCCCCCGGGACCCCCCCACGCCCUCCCAGCAUUGGGGAUGGGGAUGCCCUGAGCCUCAUCAGCCUCCAAUGUUGGGAGACCCCCCCUCUUUUGAGGACCCCCCCUCUUUUGGGCACACCCCCGGGCAUCGUUUUGGGCACCCCUCCGGCUAUCGAUUUGGGGACCCCCCCUCACUUGGAUAGCGAUUUGGGGACCCCUUGGGGGACCCCCCCCGAUCUGGGGACCCCUUUGGGAAGCCCUUUAGGGACCCCCCCGAUUUCAGGGACUUCCCCACUUUUGGAGUCCCUUUUGGAAACCCCCAAUUUGGGGACCCCUGAAUCUUUGGGAACAGUUUUAGGAUCCACCCCUCUUUUGGAGACCCCUAUAGAACCCCUCCCACUUUUGGAGACCCCCAAUUUGAGGACCCCCCCGGACCCUAGCGCCCUUUUGAAGUCCCCUUUGAAGACACCCUCGCAUACGGAACCCCUCCCACUUUUGGAGACACCCAGUUUGGGCCCCUCUACUCCUUUGGGGACCCCUAUAGGACCCCCCUCAUCUUUGGAGACCCCUUUGGGCCCCUCCCCACUUUUGGAGACACCCAGUUUAAGGACCCCCCCGGAUCCCCCCACCCUUUCUAAUUCCCCCUCGAAGACCCCCAACUUAGGGACCCCCUCCCCUUCCCGCCCCCCCCGCCGCAAAUCGCGCACCCCCCGGCGCGGGGCGGACCCCCGGGACCCCUCAUUCCGUGGGGUCACCUUCAGCCUUCGUUUGGGCCCCCUCCCUAGCAGGGCCGAUGGUGGAGGGGGGCUCCUCAUCACUGCCCACCGCAGCUUCGGCGCCCCCCGCGGCCCCCCCGCGCACCGCCGACCCCCGAAGGUGAGGAAGGGGGCGGGGAGCAGCUCCGAAGACGAACGCAGUGCCCCCCCCGCUCCAGGGCCCCCCCCGCGAAGCUGCGCCUCCUGCAAAACCCAACGGACCCCAUUAUGGCGAGCGGCAGAGAAUGGGACCCCGCUGUGCAACGCCUGCGGGAUCCGGUACCGGAAGUACCGCCGACGCUGUCGCCGCUGUUGGAGCGUCCCGAGAAGGAGCGCCCUCCCCCCGCCUGCGGCGCGGUGCCCCCAGUGCGGGGCUGAAGACCCCCCUCGGGGAGGGGAUGUUCAUAUGGACCCCCCCCAGGAGUGAGAACGGGCCUCCCCCACCCGCAGGAGUGAUAAUGGGGAGCAGAUGGGCUCCCCCCUAAGGAAAGGGGCUGAGAAUGGACUUCCCCCCCCCAGAUUAAUAAUGGGGGGCAAUGGACCCCCCCAGGACUGACAAUGGGGGCAGUAACGGACCCCCCGCCCCUGAGGAGUGGGGUUAUGGGGUGGGAUUUGGGGGUCCUGUUUGUGGC